AUGAUACCCAGCGAGUGGUUAUUUGUCGGGACUCUUACGGCGCACCCCGCUAAACGAUUUCUCGACCGAUAUUUAGGUGUCAUUUUACCCACCUCAGUCGCCCAGGCUUUCCUGGAUGCAGCAGCCCAUUUUGGCGACGAGUUCCGCAUCGAUGCCCUCGUCAACAACGCCGGAUACGGGCUCGCAGGCGACACGGAGGCUGCUUCGGAGGAGGAAAUGCACCAUCAGCUCGAGACCAACUUCUUCGGCACCUCUGGCCGUGGUGGCAUCGUGUUCAACAUCUCUUCCCUUGGCGGCGUGGCCGCUUUUCCCGGCCAGUCAUUCUAUCACGCAAGCAAAUUUGCUGUGGAGUGUUGGUCGGAGUCCUUUGCGAGGGAGUUACAUCCGGACUGGAACAUCAAUAUCUGUAUCGUCGAGCCUGGUAGUGUCGAAACCAACUUCGAGCAUGGCAGCAAGAAACGGACCGAAAUCCACGAAGCUUACGAUGGGCCCGACAUGCCGGCGCGUAGACUGGCUGCGUGGGUCGAGAAGGGUGUGGCGGCAGGUGCUGGCGCUCCGCCUUUGGCUGUAGCUGAAGUAGUGUACCUCGUAGCCAGCCGAAACGGGAAGGUCCCGCUCUGGCUGCCGAGGCUCAGCCAGGCUCUGUAUCAGUAG